AAGUAUGAGUUGGAUGCAGCAGAAUGUAACUCUGCCCACUAUGUAUCAGCAAUAGCUCCGCUUGAAUGGCAUGAGUUGGUGGAGUCCCACUGACAUCCUGGAUUACCAUUAGCAUCAAUGCCACCCGUGUUCCUACAGAAGAAAAUUCGCUUUUCGAUAGAACGUGCAACAACUACCAGAUGUGGCGCUUCAUUAAAGAGGCCAACCAGCUGUCUGACCGAGCACGGUGAGUACCGUGCCGGCUCCCACUCAGCUAUCGUGGCGGACAGGGACCAAGUGGUAUGGUGUGUGAAGCAAGGCAGUCGAACGAGGUACAAUGGUGAUUUGCACCAGUGCAGUCUUUCAGGGGUUGUGGUGAGCGGUCGUGUCUACGGCCGUGUUAAAAGGGAGCGGCAAGGUUCUCAGCCCGAAAGCUCAUACUGUCAAAACAAAAAUUGUUAUUUCUGCCUCUGAAUAAACUGUAGCUUGAUAUUUACAGGGUGAUUUCUGAUUAUAAUUUGAAAUCUGUUAAAAAAUGCUUUUAG